AGCAGCAGUAGCAGCAGCAGCAGCAGCAGUAAACGUGGCAGCAGUAGCAGCAGCAGCAGCAGCAAACGUGGCAGCAGUAGCAGCAGCAGCAGCAGCAAACGUGGCAGCAGUAGCAGCAGCAGCAGCAGCAAGAAGAACCCUGAAGAUCACCAUACAUCAAAACACUCUUCCCGGGGCAAGGGCAAAGACAGGGACAGUUCUUCCAGGAGGAGCCGUGAUGAGAGCAGCAGUGACCAGAGCAGCAGCAGUGACCACCGUCGCAGCAGUGAGCGCAGCAGCAGCAGCAGUGAAAGUGGCAGCACUAAGAAGGGCCAGAAGUCCACUAGCUGGGGAAAUGAACGAAUCCAUUUCUUCAGAACAGUGGAUUAUCAGCAGUCCCAAAAACAGCAUGAAAAAGUUGGCGGUUCUCAGAAAUCAGGCAGCAGUAGUGAUAGGAGUGGCAGCAGCGGCGCCUCUCCCUCCAGUUCUAGUUCUAACAGCGAUUCAGAGGCCAUUUCAUGGGAAGAGCAUGAAGACCCAACAAUGAUUAUUGUUUACCGUGUCAUCUAUUCAAACAAGAAACCAAGUGGCAUCAUGCUUAUGGUGUAUAAAGACAUGGACUCUUCUAGGCCCAAGAUAAAAGUACUUAUGUCAAACAUCACAGAACCAAGCAAACCAAUAUUCUUCAUGGAAGCUGCACUUCUGAGCCCUCACAAAGCAGUGGCGUCUCUGAAAUUUCUUCAGAACAGCCAGAAAAUCAAGAUUUCUGCAGAAAUUGAGACUGGCUUUGUUGCGGAUCAUCCAGCUAUUCAAGCAAAGGUUGACUAUUCCAGAGCACCUAAAAUCAUAAAGAAGAUUGUAGAUCAAAUUUCUUGCCUGUUACCUGGAAUGGCUUUCAUGCUUGGCAUCUCACAGAAAGAGCAGAGGAACCCUCCUCACCAAGUCAAAUUGAUUGUGAUUGCGCUUUCUCCAGGGGUUUAUGAUAUAUUUGUCAGAACACCAACCAAAAGCCUCACUAUUUCAGAUGCCCGGUUGCCAUUUUCAUUGCCUGAAGGUGAAGUUGACCCAGCCACACAACAACAAAGCUAUCCUUUAAAAUCCUUUUUAGAUGUUCGAUCAUUGCUCCUUAAUAAUAUGACAGGUGUUUGCACAGUACAUCGUAAUAAUCUUACAACCUUUUCUGGAGCUGAAAUCCAAACCUUACAGGUUCCAAACUGUCCCCUGAUCUUGGCUGAGGACAUUAGGCAGCCUAAACAGUUCUCUUUGAGGUUGACGCAGGAAUCCAGCAAUGAUAUCACAAAAACUUUCACAUUUAAAACUCCUUUCAUGGAAAUUACUUUCCAACGUGUCAAUGGAGAAUAUGAAGUACAAAUUGAUCAUGUUCAUGUGGAGUUGUCAGUUCUUCCACUCCAACCCAGAAGUGAUUCUUCCAUUACCAUCUCAAAGAAAAAUGAUCAACUUGUACUCAGUGCUUAUGGUCAAUUACUUUGUUACUAUGACGGAGAUAAUGUAACGAUUGAAGCUAACCCCAUCACAAUGUUAGGACGUAUACAAGGGCUAUGUGGGCGAUUUGAUGGUGAACAGGAACUCCGAACACCAAGUGGAUACAUAGCUAAAAAUGAUCUGAGCUUUGCUUUGUCAUGGGUGCACGCUGAGGGAUCUUGUGACGGAGCCUGUAAACUGCAGCACUCAUUAGUGAAACUUGAAAAUACAAUCCAGCACCUGGGUCAAGAAUCAGUUUGUUCCACAGUUGACAAUGUAUUGCAGUGUCAGGAAAAGUGCUUAGCAACUUCAACUACUUCCAUUCCUGUUGGUGUGCAUUGUCUGCCAGUUGGUUCUGCAACAGACUUACUUGAUACAGAAGCAAGAUUUGCCAUGAAGAGUGAAGACUUAGUGUAUAUGGUUGAUGCGCACACUGGAUGCUCUUGUAAGGAUCAACAAUGUGCUGCAUGAUUUUCUGGCUAGCAAAUUAGAAACCUAUAAUAUAGUGUUGUGUUUACUGUGCAGUCAGGAUAUCUAUUACAGGAAAUUACACAAAUGUUAAUUUAAGUAUUUUACAAGUCUUACUAAAUCUUCCUGAAAAAAAAUUGACAUUGUAAAAAAAAGUCAAACCACAUCCUUGUGGAAACAAGGUUAACUAUGAAUGAAACAUGUGAUUUUCUAAUAAACA